GUCGACAAUGCUGACGCUGUCUCCACUAGCUCUAACAACCCCGUGCAAUCAUACGCCAUCCUGUUCACACUCCACGAAAACUCUAGAAUACCUUCACAAACUUCCACCAACUCACCACUUAUAUAUAUGUAUACACACAUAUAAAUCACUUCUUAAACCAAUUAUUAACUAUUAAUAAAAAUGGCGAAUGAGGUGAAGUUGCACGGAAUUGCUGAAAGCCUGUUUGUCUGCGGAGUGAAAACUGCUUUGAAUUUGAAGGAUGUUAAGUAUGAAUUUGUUGUGGAAGAUUUGAGCAACAAGAGUGCUGAUUUACUUAAAUAUAAUCCCGUUUAUAAGAAGGUACCGGUGCUCGUUCACAACGGGAAUCCGAUAUCCGAGUCUCUUGUGAUCGUUGAGUACAUUGAUGAAGUGUGGAAAGGAGUUCCGAUUUUGCCUCAGGAUGCUUAUGAGAAGGCUCAGGCUCGAUUUUGGGCGAAAGUUGUUAAUGAUAAGUGUUUUCCUGCAGUAGUUAAUGCUUUUAGCAGCAAUGGAGAGGAGCAAGCUGUUGCAGAAGCUCAUGAAGCUCUUCAAUUUCUUGAAAAUGAAUUGAAAGUGAAAGGCAGCAAGUUUUUUGGAGGUGAUAACAUCAACCUGGUUGAUAUUGCUGCUACUUUUGUAGCAUUUUGGAUUGGAGCAGCUGAAGAAGCAUUAGGAAUAGAGGUGAUGAGCAAACACAAGUUUCCGAAGUUAACCGAAUGGAGUGAUAACUAUAUUAACUGUCAAGCUGUGAAGGAUAGCUUACCUCCAAGAGAAAACGUAGUUUCUUACUUUAAGAAGCGGUUUGGUAAGGCGUAAUAUGUUGGUGAAUUAUGGUUAUGAAGUUGGUGUGUUUCUUCUGUUCAUUGAUGUGUCAAUAAGCAGCUUCUAGGAGCUGGUUUGUCAAUUAAGAUGUAGUAUGUAAGUUUUUGGUUCUUUACUUGUUUUGUUACUCUGUUGAAACUGAUAGAGUAAAUUGCCAUUUUAGUCCCUGAGGUUUGACUAAAAUUGCCACUUUAGUCGAAAUAGUUUUUUUCUUACCAUUUUAGUCCAAAUACUUUUGUUUUCUGCCAUUUUAGUCCCUGACUUUUGUCACUUUUUGCCAUUUUCAUCCAACCCACUAACUCCAUUCAAAAAAUUUAGUUAACUUCGGUGAAUGUUGGCCAAACCACAUUUUUCUUUCUUUUUUUGCAGGUGCGAUGGUAUGGGGAUUGUGUUGUGCCGGUUUAUAGUGAAGAUAAUGGCGGUGGUCGUUGGUUUUACGAUGAUGGCGGCGGUGUUGGUUGAUGACGUGGGUGGCGGAAAAGUGGCCGGUGGUGGUGGAAAUGGUGGGUGGUGAUGGUGGUGGAAAUGGUGGAUGGUGAUGGUGGUGGGGUGGGUGGGUCGGUGGUGACGGUGCAGGCAGGUGGUGGCGAUGACAGAAGGUUAUGAUGGGGUGGGUGGUGGGAGGUGGUGGUCGAUGAAAAUUGCAAAAAAUAACAAAAGUCAGGGAUUAAAAUGUCAGAAAACAAAACUAUUUGAACUAAAAUGACAAGAAAAAAACUAUUUGGACUAAAGUGACAAUUUUAGUUAAACCUCAGGGACUAAAAUGAUAAUUUACUCAAAGUGAUAAUUCAAAGUUAUCUAUUGUUUUUAUUUUA